ACAGGAAGUCUAUAUGGAAGACAGGAUGUAAUGUCAAGGACACAGGAAGUACAGAGGAGACGUUGGUGGAAGUGGCAGCAGAGGAGUUAACCAUCUCUAGAGACACCCCAUAUAGAUCACAUGACCACACCAAUGAGGAUGGAGGAGGACCGGAGUCACAUGACUGAGAGGAUACUAAACCUCACCCUGGAGAUCAUCUACCUGCUGACUGGAGAGGAUUCUGGGAGUCUAACAUGAUAUUCCUAUUGGUUCCUCAAUACAGAGAUUUCCUGUUCCGAAGUCAGGUGAUCCUAUGACCAUCACAGUGCCUCCAUGUGACUCCCUAAACCCUGAGAGACACAACAUGCAGAAGAUUCUAGAAGUCACCAAGAAGAUGAUGGAGCUGCUGACAGGAGAGGUUCCUAUAAGGUGUCAGGGUGUCACUGUCUAUUUCUCCAUGGAGGAGUGGGAGUAUUUAGAAGGACACAAGGAUCUCUACAAGGACGUCAUGAUGGACAAUCAGCCGCCCCUCACAUCACCGGAUGGAUCCAGUCAUGGGAACCCACCAGAGAGAUGUCCCCGUCCUCUGUAUUCCCGGGAUUCCACACAGGAAGGUCACACCAUCCCUCACCAUCAUCAGAGUGGAAUCCUCGGGGAUGAUAAUAUUGAUGUUAAAGAAGAGUAUAAAGAGGAGGAUGAGGAGUAUGGAGUGAUGGAGGAGUUUUCAGAAGGACACAAGGAUGUGAUGGAGCCACCUAAUACCAGGAACCCACCAGAGAGAUGUCCCCGUCCUCUGUAUUCCCGGGAUUCCACACAGGAAGGUCACACCAUCCCUCACUGUUACAAGAGUGGAGAUCCAAUCGAUAUAGAAUUUGAGGUGAAAGCAGAAGAAGAAGAGGCGUAUGUGAGGGAUGAUCAGCAGUCUAUGGAGGAGGAUGGAAUAACGGGGACAUUUAUAGAGGAGGACACUCCUACAGAGAUCAGCACAGUCCAUGGCCGGGAGAUGAGGAAAACCUCUGAGGAUUGUCUCACAUUGUCUCCAGACUGGAAAGUAGAAGAUGAGGACAUCACACAGUAUAGUCCAGGAGAAAACCCGGCUCCCUCCAAUGUCCAU